UUUUCCGGGAAAUAUUUACUGUCAUGACUUUGCGAGAGCUUUGCUUACUCACGCCGCCGCUGCCACUUGUCACUGAGCCGGUUUAAAGGACCACGGCUUUGGCAGGAAGAUCAUCCAGCAUGGAGUCUCAACAUGAAUUGCCUCUUGACACACCAAUAUUGUAUUUGAAAAGUGAAGAAGCCUUUGCAGGGCUAACAUCCAGAGAGCGACGAUAUGCUCAUCAUCUUUCACGAGCUUCAUGGUGGGGAGGCUUCAUUGUACUGUGUCAGACCUCACCUGAAAGCUCAACAAUCUUUAGCCUCCUGACACGUCUACUGCGAUCCCAACCAAUUGACACCCUCAAGGAGAUUGCAGUUGAAAAGGCAAACUUCUCAGAAGAUGAGUUUAAGUCUCUUCUGAUUUACUAUUCAGGAUUGGUGUACAACCUUGGUAAUUAUCUAGGGUUUGGGGACAGGAAGUUUGUUCCAAGUGUUAAUCGUGAAAAACUUGAAGCUUUGCUUAAAGCUUCUAAAGCUAACUUAGAAGCUCCAGACGUAAUACAAGAAUACAUGAACCAAGCUUUGGGACCAAUGUACAGUUUGGAGGAGAACAAAAGAUUCCUUGGAAUGCCACCAAAUAUAACCAUGUAUUUUACACCAAACUGCACUCAAGAUGAUGCUAAUCUAGCAAAAGAGUACAUGGCCUCCAGAAAUCUUGAAGCUUGGAAUAGCCGUUUAUUGAAAUAUGAAGAAAAUGGCCAUAUUGUUUAUGACAUUCGCUUAGCAUCAGUUGAGCAGGGAAAUGCUGAGGGCAUAACUGUUGUCAGUGAUGAUUAUGAGGGACACAAAUUCAGAAUAAGCCGUGGUGAUUACUCUUUCUUUUUGAAGAAGAUGUGUGAGGAACUCCAACUAGCUAAAGAAUACACUGCCAAUGAAAGUGAAGUACACAUGCUUGAUAAAUAUGUUGAAAGUUUCACAACAGGAUCAGUACAAGCUCACAAAGAUGGUUCUGCAUUUUGGGUAAAGAAUAAGUCUCCUGCUGUGGAAACUUACAUGGGAUUCAUUGAAGUGUACAGAGAUCCAACUAACCAGCGUGCUGAAUUUGAAUCCUUUGUUGCAGUAGUUAAUAGAGAGCAGUCUCGGAAAUUUGAUACUCUGGUGGCCAGAGCAGAAAAGGAAUUUUUGCCUCUUUUACCAUGGGGAAAAGAUUUUGAAGAGGAUGUAUUUAUGAGGCCGGACUUUUCAUCAUUGGAUAUUUUGACCUUUGCAUCAUCAGGUCUGCCAAUUGGUAUCAACAUUCCAAAUUACAAAGAUGUAAAAGAAGAGCAGGGUUUCAAAAAUGUUAGCCUAACAAAUGUGAUGGCUGCUCGUACUGGAAUAAAAGGGGGCCCAUUCCUUUCAGAUGCUGAUCACCUUUUGAGAGAAAAACAUGGGGCCAUGAGUUUGGAGAUACAGGUUGGCCUUCAUGAACUUUUAGGUCAUGGAUGUGGAAAGUUUCUGAGGCGUAAGGAUGAUGGAAAACUCAAUUUUGAACUUAGUAAAAUCAAAAAUCCAUUUACAGGAGGAGAAGUCUCAUUUUAUGAAAAAGGUGAAAACUUUAACUCGAAAUUCACAAAUUUGGCAAGUGCUUAUGAGGAAUGUAGAGCAGAAACAGUUGCAUUGUAUUUAGGUUUGGUUGAUGAUAUUCUGGAUGUAUUUGGUGUUGCACCUGAUGAUCGUGAAGACCUCAAAUAUGUGUCUUGGUUAGAUAUGAUGUAUGCAGGAAUUAGGGGUUUAGAGAUGUAUCAGCCCAGUCAAGGGAAGUGGGGCCAGGCUCAUUCUCAGGCCAGAUAUGUCAUUUUGAGAGUAGCACUAGAGGCUGGUGAAGGAUUAGUCAGUGUGAAAGAAACGACUGGAGAUGAUG